UCUCAUCCAACACAUACCAUUAACCCAAAUUUGCUCAUUAGACACAACAAAGAACACAAAAAAAACAUGGCAACUCAAGCCGCCGGGAUCUUCAACUCCGCCAUAACAACCGCCGCAACCUCCGGCGCCAAGAAACUCCACUUUUUCUCGACGACAACCCACCGUCCCAAAUCCCUCUCCUUCACCAAAACCUCGAUCCGCGCCGAGAAAAAAGAUUCCUCCGCCGCCGCCCCCGCCGCCGCUGCAGCCACCCCCGCCGUGAAAGAAGCUCCCGUGGGAUUCACGCCACCGGAGCUAGACCCAAACACACCGUCUCCGAUCUUCGCGGGAAGCACCGGUGGACUCCUAAGGAAAGCACAGGUGGAAGAGUUCUACGUGAUCACAUGGAACUCACCGAAAGAACAGAUCUUUGAGAUGCCGACAGGAGGUGCGGCGAUCAUGAGGGAAGGUCCGAAUCUGCUGAAGCUAGCUAGGAAAGAACAGUGUUUAGCUUUGGGGACAAGGCUUAGAUCCAAGUACAAGAUCAAGUACCAGUUCUACAGAGUGUUCCCCAACGGUGAGGUUCAGUAUUUGCAUCCUAAAGAUGGUGUUUACCCAGAGAAGGCUAACCCGGGAAGAGAAGGUGUUGGUCAGAACAUGAGAUCUAUUGGCAAAAAUGUUAGUCCCAUUGAAGUUAAGUUUACUGGCAAACAAAGUUAUGAUUUGUAAGUUGGUGAAAUCAAAAACAUAAAAACAACUAUGUGCAUGUGAUGAUGACUAUGUUUCAUUGUUAAUUUUUAAUGGAUCUUAUGUUUUAAUAUUUCUUCUUCUAUGUGAUAUCUUUUGUUGUUCU